AUGUUACAACAUUCUUGUUUUGUCUCAACACUGGAACCAUCUGACAUCUUUGCAGCCUUAGAAGAUGAGUUUUGGUUUGCUGCGUGUCAUGAAGAGAUUAAUCAGUUUGUUAGGCAUGAUGUGUGUGAUCUUGUUCCAAGACCUCCACAACCAAAGGGCUUUGAAGACCCAAAAUUUCCGAAUCAUGUGUACAAACUCAAGAAGGCUCUGUAUGGAUUGAAGCAAGCACCACGAGCAUGGUAUGAGCGUCUCACUGUGUUCCUUCUUGAAAAUGGGUUUAAAAGAGGCAGUGUAGACAAGACUUUGUUUAUCUAUGAAGAAGGUUCAAAUAUCCUUAUUGUUCAGAUCUAUGUGGAUGAUAUUGUGUUUGGAAGCACUAAUCCAAAACUUGUGAAGACCUUUGUCAAAGGAAUGACUAAGGAAUUUGAGAUGAGCAUGGUUGGUGAGAUGAACUACUUUCUGGGAUUACAAAUCAAACAAAGUGAUAGUGGGAUUCACAUCUCUCAAUCAACAUAUGCAAAGAGCUUAAUUCAAAGAUUCGGAAUGCAAACGAGCAAGUCAUCCAGGACCCCUAUGAGCUCAACAAGAAAGCUGUCGAAGGACUCAACUGGUCAAAACGUUGACGAAAAGCUCUACAGAGCUAUGAUUGGCAGUCUUCUCUAUCUCACUGCUACUCGGCCCGAUUUGUGCUUCAGUGUUGGUGUAUGUGCUCGAUAUCAGGCUGAUCCAAGGAUGUCUCAUCUGAAUGCUGUCAAAAGGAUCAUCAAAUAUGUCAAGGGAACAACUGAUCGAGGAAGUCUUGAUGAUCGACGAAGCACAUCUGGAGGUUGUUUCUUCCUUGGGAAUAAUCUCAUCGCCUGA